AUGCCAACCUACCCUAUCCGCCGCCGGCCGCGCGAGUGCAAAACCUGUCUACCUUGCCGAGCAAGCAAAGUCCGCUGUGAUCGCAAUCUCCCUUGCAGUAAUUGCACGAAACGAAACUUCACCUGCUCCUACGGUCGUCCAGCAUCUGCGAAAGUCCCCCCUCCUACUAUCGUGUCUACCACCUCCACACCAUCACAACAACCUACCUUUGCCUCUCCGAUCCCUCCAUAUGCCAACUCAGCUCCCACAGCCGAUGGCUCAUAUGCAACCGAUCAUCCGUCGACCGCCAGCGGAGAUCCGGAUUUACCGGACAUAAUUGAUAUCUCCCAGGCGGAGUGGGAUGAAAUAAACACGAAGAUGGUCGCAAUGGAACAGAUCAUCGGUAGCCUGCGCUCGCUCUUCCAGGCACACUCGACUCAUAAGCCGUCAGAACUCGAGCCAGAGCCAGAACCAAUUGAACGAAAAAAUUCCACCCGGUCGGAAGGUGUCUACGGGUCGAAUGUGUUGAAGACUGGUGCGGUCCAUAUCGGGUCGCGGUCGGCCCUGGUUGAUAUUUUGGAUAAAUCGAAGAGGUCGGAAGACACAGCGCAGGCGCUGCCCCAGGAUGAUCUUCUUGCUGAACUUGCUUUGGGGAAUGAGUCGGCUGCAUAUCCAUUUGUGGAUUUGUGGUCCUCCGAUCCGUUCACAUUUAAUAUUGCCGGUGUUUGUGCGAUUCUUCCGGAAGACGCACGGUGCUUGGAGUUCCUGACGUUUUACCAGGAUAUAGGAUCGGUUUUAUACCCAGUUCUUUCGGAUAUCGCACAAUUAAAACGACAUACCGAACGACUUCUCGAGAAUCGACGACGAGCAGGGGGUGUUUAUAAAGCCGAUGCCAACGGAUUAGUGAAACCAUUUGGCAUGCCGUUGGCUUUUCUCAGUCUCCUUUUCGCGGUUAUUGCAUCGGGAUGUCAGCUAUCCGGCAUCCCGGAAAGCGACCGUGAAUUGACCUCAUGGGUAUAUGUUUCCUGUGCAUAUCAAUGUCUUCGGAUGUUGAAUUAUGUGUCGCAACCCACUGUAGAAGUAAUUCAGAUUCUUCUCAUUAUUAGCAAUGUACUUUCAUAUAAUAUGAACGCAGGUGCAUCAUACACUUUGCUUGGUAUGACGGAGCGAAUGUGUCUUGUUCUUGGUCUCCAUGUCGAAUCGACCGGGUUCUCAAUUGCAGAGCAGGAAGUGCGAAGGCGUGUCUGGUGGACAAUGGCCUUCCAGAACAGCCAUUUCUCGCUUGCCUAUGAUCGACCGUCGAUCACCAUGGUCAGCCAACCUGAAAUUCCAUUCGAUCCCAAAUCAAUGCCGGGCCAUCGCUCAUAUUUCGAGACUCUUUGUCGCAUUGUAUCCUUGGCAUUGGAAGUCCUGCGGUCGCGCAUGUAUCCCGGAUCGUCUCAGUUACGUAUCCAUGAGAUCCGCGAGUAUAAACAACAGAUCCAGCGAAUGCUCGCUGAAGCGACUCCUCAUCUGCGACAUCGAGACAACUGUCGAUCGCUAGCGGAGCAUAUUGAGCGAACCGAGUUGCGCCUACACUCCUCAUAUCUUCUCUCUGUCUUGUGUCGUGUCUCGCUCGACCCACAUGCACAUUUAGACGCCCCACGUCGCGCAAUGAUCCGCGAAGACUGUAUCAGCAGUUUGAUCAACACGAUCGACGCAUUUGUUGAAUUGCAUGAGAUCAAUUCUCACUGCUCACGGUCGUGGAUCAGUCUGCAGCGAAGUAUUGCAUCGGCAUUUUUGCUGGUCGCAAAUGACGACAGCGCCCAGACCUGGCAGCUGAUCGACAGGCUGGAGAACGUUCUGGCGGACCAUGUCUAUGCAGACAGUGACACGGACAAUAACAACCGCACCGACUCAGCCAAGCAUCUUUCUUCGUCUCUUCGUGCUCUGCGUGAGAUCCGCGGGGCCUUUAGCGCUCGCACGGAUAGUUCGAUAGGGCAACCAUCUAGCACAACAUAUUCGCCGAUUGUGUUGUCUUCCCCUCCCUCUCUUGACCCCAGCUCUACCAUGCCACCAUCAGCAAAUAUUAGUACAGGUCCACAGCCGAUGGAAGGGUUGAGCAUGCGGAAUAUCCUUGAUCGUGUUUCUGAUGUGAUGUUAUUCCCCAGCAUGAGCGGGGAUAGCCCAGUAGUGUAA